UUCCGGCGGGCGUGAGCUCCACGGCUCUGCUUUGUAUGGACAUGGUGGGGGAUUUUUGACAGCGGCAGCGCUGUUGGGAAACAAACAAGGACGUGGUCGGGGGUCGGGGACUAUUUUGUUUCUGUCUCCUCACUCUCAUCUUAAUCUUUCACUGGCCUUUUCUCACCUCAGCAAGAUUCUCGAGGAUAUGGCGGCUUCGGAUUGGGCUGUCUAUUUCAAGUCUGAUGUGUGACAGUGCCGGCAGCCCGCUCCUCCACCACCACCAUGGUCGACAUGGAGAGCCACUACCAUCCCCCCUCGCCCCUGGAGGACUCGGUGCUGGGCAGCCCCCUGUGCGUCGAUGAUGAAUUCAUGGGCGGCAUGGAGGAGCUCCAGGACAUCUCGCAGUCCAUCGAUAAUGACGCCCUCAGCUCCUUCGAUGUCCCUGAGUACCAGUCGUCCAGCAAUGGUUCUGAAGGUUCCACUGUUUUAGAUGCCCUGACGCCAGCAUCCAGCCCGUCGUCGGUUGUUUACGGGUUGGCAGCGGGCCAGGACGACUUCUCAACCUCCUCUUCAUCACUCAACCUGGAGUGCCGAGUUUGUGCUGACCGCGCCUCGGGGUACCACUACGGAGUCCACGCCUGCGAGGGCUGCAAGGGUUUUUUCCGGCGGACGAUCCGUCUGAAGCUGGAGUACGACAAAUGUGAGCGCCGCUGCAAGAUCCUGAAGAAGAACCGUAACAAGUGCCAAUACUGCCGCUUCCAGAAGUGCCUGUCAGUGGGCAUGUCCCACAACGCUAUCCGUUUUGGUCGGAUGCCGCAGUCGGAGAAGCUAAAGCUGAAGGCGGAGAUGGUGACAGGAGACAGGGAGGUAGAAGACCCCCAGCUAGCCGACCAGAAGACGCUGGCUCGGCAGAUUUAUGAGGCCUACCUCAAGAACUUCAACAUGAACAAGACCAAGGCUCGAACCAUCCUCACUGGCAAGACCAGCACUCCUCCUUUCGUCAUACACGACAUGGAUACCCUCCAGCUGGCAGAGCAGACCCUGGUGGCAAAGAUGGUCGGCUCAGCGGGAGCACUUAAGGACAGGGAGGCAGAAGUUCGGAUUUUCCACUGCUGCCAGUGCACAUCGGUGGAAACCGUCACCGAGCUUACAGAGUUUGCAAAGUCCGUCCCGGGGUUCUCGAGCUUGGACCUCAACGACCAGGUGACUCUUUUGAAAUAUGGAGUGUACGAAGCUCUCUUUGCCAUGCUCGCCUCCAGUAUGAACAAGGAUGGGCUACUUGUAGCAUAUGGCGCCGGCUUCAUUACCCGGGAAUUCCUCAAGAGCCUGCGGCGGCCUUUCAGUGACAUGAUGGAGCCCAAGUUCCAGUUUGCAAUGAAGUUUAACGGGCUGGAGCUGGACGACAGUGACCUGGCUCUGUUUGUGGCUGCUAUCAUCUGCUGUGGAGACCGACCAGGCCUGGUGAAUGUGGAGCACAUCGAGCGAAUGCAAGAGAGCAUCGUGCAGGUGCUUCAGCUCCACCUGUUGGCCAAUCACCCGGAUGACAAUUUUCUCUUCCCCAAGCUGCUCCAGAAACUUGCUGACCUACGGCAACUGGUCACUGAGCAUGCACAGCUGGUGCAGGAGAUCAAAAAGACAGAGGACACCUCACUGCACCCGCUCCUUCAGGAAAUCUACAGAGACAUGUACUGAGGGUUGUGGAGGAAUAACCAGGAGGGGAACCCUACAGAUCAACUCCUUUUUCUUUCAGGGACAGAGAAGGAGAGUUCUCCAUAAGCUAGUUUGAACCACUAAACCCCAAUAAUGCAGCAAGAGUUAGCUUUGGAAUCUGGUUGGCACAAAAGGUCUUUUGAGGCCUUGACACAAUGCUCUCCACUCCAUUGUGUGAACUUCAUAGGCAGAAAUAUCAUGUAUGCAAAGAUGUGAUGUACAGUUGAUUGAGACCCGUUACAGAUACAAUUGUAUGCAAUCUUUGACCAAACUCUGAGAUUAAUACGAUACAAUUUCAGUGAAAUAUUUGCAGUAACCUCUGUGGUUAUCUCUCUCCUGACUCCUUGACAAGCCCGAAAACGAGGAAAGAUAGUGAACUUGAUAGGCGCCACUCCAGCAGUUAUUUAAUGUUAGAUUUUUAUACUGAUGUCAAAGAGCAAAGAGCCAUAUAUCCUCAGCUAACAACACCCAAAUAACUUCAGUGGCAGCAGUAAAACAGUAAUAAUGCAGUUUUUUCAAGAAAGGCAGCUUUCAUCAGGUCGGCUGUCAGUCAAAGUUGGUGAUGGUUGUCCACGCACCAGCCCUCCACCAUGAACCGUCACCUUUUUCUACCCAUAGCAACCCUGAACAUAAUCAUUUACCGUACUGUGAGUCUUCUAAGCCAUACUUUGUUUGUAAUGAUACUGGAAAUAACCAUUGUCUUUCAAAUUCCAACCUUGGUGUGGAUUAUAAGCAUAUGUAACCACAAACAAACAGGCAAUCAUAUUUUGACACCUCAGAAUAAGGUAGCAAAAUCAA